UAGUUAUCCAUUUUCGCUUUUACCAUUUUAUGUUAUGAGUGUUCUUGAGAUUUCGAUUUGCAUGAUGUUAGAUUUUGAUCAUUUCAGGUAUGUGUAACGAAGGCAAAAUUUUCCAGAUUUUAGAUUGUCUGACACGGACAUACCUACAUAUAUAUAUACUCAUUCCAUUGACGGGAAACUUGAAAGAAUUAAGACAAUGUCCUCAAACACUACCAGAAAAGUGUUGUUGGGUACCACUAGUUACUAUGGCCCUUUUUAUCUGGACGGCAUGAAAACAGGAGCCUUUUUUUCUGAAACACUUGUUCCAUACAAAGUAUUUAAACAAGCUGGUUACGAAGUACAAAUAGUAUCGGAGACUGGACAAUGCAAGUUUGAUGACAAAUCCCUCACCAACAUUGCACUAGGAAACUUAGAGAAACAAGUUCUCGAUGAUAAAAAUGACGACUUUUGGGAGUGUCUAAAAAAUGCUAAAUCCGCUAAAGAGAUAAACCCUGAUGAAUACCCAUUGCUGUUUAUUGCAGGAGGACACGGUGCGAUGUUCGACCUUCCUACAGCUAAGGACAUGCAAAAUUUGGCUGCUAGAAUUUAUGAAAAUAGAGGUAUUUUAGCUGCUCUUUGUCAUGGACCCGUUUUGUUAGUGCAUGUUCAAAAUACAAAAUGCCCCAAAGGAAAAUCUGUUGUCUAUGACAAGAACGUUACCGCAUUUACACAUGCUGGAGAAGUAAUGAUGGGGCUAUCUACCCCAUUGAAAAACCAUAAUAUUGGAUUCUUGAAUGAAAUUUUAGAACAGGCUGGUGCGAGAUACAUUAAUCCCAGUACUCCAGUAUCAGAUUUCGUUCAGGUGGACGGUAGAAUAGUAACCGGCGUGAACCCCCAAAGUGCAGAAUCAACAGCUAAGGCUGCUGUCGAAACUUUAAAGAAUAAUUCAACUUGAUUAUUUUUUCAUCAGAGAAAAAGCAUACUGAGGAAUGACCGAGGCUAGAAUUUAUGAUGACAGAUAUUCAUGAACCUGUAAGAAUGCUAACAUGUUUUUCUAUUUCUAUAAUGAACUUAUUUAAUAAAUUUAAAUUUUCUUAGGAAUUAGAAGAUAUUAUCAAGUAGAGAAAAUUUUACUCCUCGCGAAAGAAUAAUUUUACCUUGGAUUAGUUAAAGUAAAG